AUGUUGUGGAAGUCUGGACUCAAUACCACAGCGACUUUAAAAGAGCAUAACUCAAGACUAAAAACCAAGUCAAGCAGCCUCGACGAAGCAGACCUGGUAGAUGUGGGUCUCACUGGUGGCGUCCACCGUUUCCUGCAGUUUGGCCAGGUCCAGACUGGCUUCAGGGGGGCCACGGACGAUCACCAGCUGCCUGGGUUUCAUUUGAUUUAUGAUCUUCUUUAUGGAGUCGCCAUCAGAGCGGCCUUCAUAGUCAAUAAACUCCUCAAGCUCCUUUCCCUCGAGUUUUACUCUCUUCCUGACCUGUCAAAAACAGAAGAGCAAAGCAAACUGAACUACACCAAGUACCUGGGAUUUGGAGAACUCUACAACGUUGUAGCUGACGUUGUUAAGCAGAGCAAGUGGGAGCUGAGCCAGCUCCAGUACCCGCCCAGCCGUAUCCACAGCAAUGAGGACAUUACCAUCACCACGCAGGGUCUCCAUGACAUUGGCUACGGGAGGAGAAGCAGAACCAUGAUCAAUUUAGCAUCCUCUGCCCGUCAGUACUGGGCGCACAUAUUUGUUCCCGUAGGCUUUGUGAUCGGAUGGUACCUUGAUAAAAAACAGGAUGAAAAGCUCACCGCUUUCAGGAACAAAAGUGCAUUGUACAGUAGGGAGCUGAAGCCUGGUGAGGAGAUUCUCCAUUCGAGCCAAGAAUUUGACCCUGCGAUGGUCCUCCUACACGACAACAGCUUCGGUUACGGGGCGGAAAGUGGUAUCAUGGCCGAUGAAAUAAAAACUACUUUAAAAGAUGAAGACCUUGUCAGAGUGCUGCACGCCCAUCUGAACCACAAAGGCCUCGAUGUCGUCGUAAUGCGGAGCGAAGCCCUGAGUUCCAGCCGCUGCAAGCCAAGUGUCUGUUUUGCCUUCAUGUCGGUGGAGGCACACGUCAACCGAGCCGGCGAAGUUGAUGCUGCUGUGCUGUGGUCUGGACUCAGUCACCCGGGAUGCACCUCCAAAAAUGUUUGGGUUCUGAAGUCGUUUCGAAGUUUCAGAUCCAGCAUCUCCUGUGCUACCCGGUUGUGUUAA